AUGAGCAGUGCCGAGGAUGAACCGUGGCCACCGGUACCUCCGGAUAUGUCAUAUGAUUACAUGGCAGCGAAUGGACUCCUUGAAGAUCCAUGUCGCCCCUUUAUUGUCCAUCAGCACCAACUGUACAAAACCAAAGACGGCACCAAAGUAUAUAAGAUGGGCGGGGAACAGCGAGAGUAUAACCUCCAUAGAGCUGCCGGGGACUGUGCGAUCAAGACUCACGGGAGAGUACUUUCCAAGAUGCCCUUGAAUGGAAUGAUAGAUUAUGAUGGCUAUUUCAUGGACCUAGCAACUCCGCUCUCACACGCCACGACUACACCCACGCAGCGCAAGCAUAUCAUGCCAGAGAUGGUCAAGGUUAUUGAGGCGCUACAUAACAAACACAUUAUACAUGGCGACGUGAAGCUUGAGAACAUGCUCCUAGACACAGAAGGCCACGUGAAACUGUGUGACUUCGAGGAAGGGCUCUUUGAGGACGAAGAUGAGGAGAUCUGGGAAGGCAACGUGACGUGGCACUAUGUCUCGCCAAACAGGAGACGCAGGGAGGACGAUUUGGGCCGUGAUGCGCCUCCGAGGAAAGAGGACGACUUGUUUGGUCUGGGUCUGAGCAUCUGGUCACUUUACACAGGCCAAGUUCCGUUCGAGGAAAUCGCCCAGGACGACCUCGCGCUUAGAGAGGUUCUUUUACGAGGGGAAACUGUCGAUGUUGACUUGAUUGACGAGGGAGAGAUCAGGGAUAUUGUGAAGGGGUACCUGAGACAAGGGGGCGCUCGCAUUUAG